AUGCAUUUAAAAAUCAAAUUUGUUACCAGUGACGUGUGGGACAGUGAUCCCGGUGUUGAUCUAGCGGACAUAACGCUUGAGCUGGGUGAGAUCGAUUAUGGGCGUGGGUUGGAUCAACGCUUCGAGCAAGCGCCGGUUCAGCUCACAAAGCGCUUCCUAAAGAGUCUCCCGGCAGUGGAACCACCGCAAGCCAGCGACCCACCGAGGUACUCAUCGCCUGAUCGCGCCGAUGAUCGGACACUUUCACCGCUAUCGAGACCGUUUCCGAACCCGAAAGUGAGCCAACCUGGGCACACGUUCCCACGCGUAACGCCACGCCUGCAUGCGGUGGAUGAUGAUGAUGAUCCGAAUCGGACGCCAAAGCACAGGUUCUUCCGCAAUUACAGCUUCGAUUUUCUCAAGCAAAAGCAGCUGAAGGCGAAGAUUGCGUCCGCGGUGGAGAAAAAGCACAUCUUCUCGAUCGUGGGCCAUUAUCCGGCACUCCGGAAGGCGCUGAAAACGCGCCACUGGCUCGAGAAGCAGACGUUCCGGAGUGUGCUGUUGCGGGAGCUGUCACAUCACGCGCUGCUCCAGAAGUCGUCCAAUGGCAACGAGUACGAGGAGGCGCUUGUGUCGAAGUACUUGAAGCCGUACCUGCCGUACUUCAUCUGGCAGCAUCGGAACAUGCGCGAUUGUAAGCAGGAUCGGUUUUACGCGCCGUACCGGAGCCGCAUCCAUUACGAGCGGCCGUACGAUUUCGCGGUAAAGGAGAACCUGAUACGGUUGAUCAAUGCGUCACACUGGCACCAGGAGGAGGGCUUUGCGGAGCUGGAUUACCCGCGCACCUAUCUGCUCGAUACGGAGGACAUCAUCACGAAGUUCCAGGAGGACUACCAGCUGACGAUCGUGUGCAGCUUUCUGUACCACAUGUCCAAACACCUGGAGCACGCGUUCGAUGCGGAUGGUGUCCUGUCGACGGACGUGCUGACGAUCGCGAUGAAGUACCUGCAGUACUAUCUCGGGUGUGCGCAGCAUGAGGACAUCGAUCAGCAGGAGUUUUGUGAGCCGCUGCUGACGACGGAAAAUCGCCACGAAAUGGAGCAGAUCCUGGCGGGUGAGGCCCAGUUUGGUAGUAUUCCGGGGUACGAGGUGUUGUCGCUGGUGGCACAGGUGAAAAAGUUGGUCCACGAGGCGGCGAAGGUGUUCCCGGACAUGAAGAUCGAUGGGAUACGGAACAUGUGGAUACUGAAGCCGGGCAACCGAUGCCGUGGGUUGGGCAUAAUGAUCUUCAACGACGAUCGCAAGCUGUUGGAGCACGUGGACAGCAAUCCGGAUGUUAAGUACGUUGCCCAGAAGUACAUCGAGCGGCCGUUGCUGAUACAUUGUACCAAGUUCGACAUCCGUCAGUACUUCCUCAUCACCUACACGAACAAUAUGCUCAAGGUGUGGAUGUACAAGAACUGCUACCUUCGGUUUAGCUCGCGCAAGUUUAACCUCGAUGACUUUAGUGAGUCGAUCCACCUGACGAACUACUCCAUCCAGAAGAACUACGCCAAAGAGGACCGGGACGGUGCCGAUGAGCUGCCCACUAGCAACAUGUGGUCUCUGAAGCGUUUCCAGGAGCAUCUGCAGUCGCUCGAUAAGGGGUUCUACUGGGAGCGUAAGAUCUACCCGGACAUGAAGAAGAACAUCCUGUCGAUCGUGUGCGCCAGCCUGGACGGGAUGAAGAUGGAGCGCAACAUGUUCGAGCUGUACGGUGCCGAUUUUAUGGUGACGGAGAACUUCCGCACGAUGCUCAUCGAGAUCAACACCAGCCCUGAUCUGUCAUCCUCUACCGACGUGACAGCUGUCAUAUGUCCUGCCGUGUUGGAGGAUCUCGUGAAAGUGGUAAUCGACAACACGAAAGACAAACGGGCCGGAACUGGACAGUUUGAGUUGAUCCAUUCGCUGGAAAUUCCGCGUGUUGCACCGUACGGUUACGGAUUGACCGUUGACGGACGAUCGAUGCAAUCGAAGCACCGAUCGAAGAGUCCUCUUCCACCGUUGACCACGUCCAGCUCGGCAGGGCCCACAGUAACAUCAACAGCCGCAUCAACUCCGAAGAGAAGCAGCACGACGAUGGCCGCAACCAGUGCCCCAGGUGCGAUAUCAACGGGAACGAAUCCUGGAAGCAGCAUGAAAAAUGCCCUCCGCAAUAUCGGAAGCAGCUCGGAAUCAAGCCGGGGUAGCAAAUCGUCACCUGCGAACGUUAUCCUGGACCGACCGCGGUCGAUGUUGAAGUAG